AUGGAUACUGUAAAUGAAUUUAGGCAGGAUUUUCCUGCUGUUACCAUUUGCAACCUAAACAGUGUGCGAAAGGAAUUUGAACAUUGUUUGAAGCGUCAACUUAAUUACGACAAUUGCGCUUCGGUUUCUCCGAACCAGAUGGUUCCUGAAAAAACUUCCCCUCAUUUGACAAAACCGAAUUGUUUUGUUGACAAAAUCUACAGUAAGGAGCAUCAAGACUUUGCUUACAUGGUCAAUUCACUUUCUUUUAUCAAUGAAAGCAGUCGUAUUCUUUACGGGCAUCAAGCAGAAUCUUUUAUUCGAUCAUGUUCCUUCAAUGGUGAAAGCUGUUCUCACACGGAUUUUCAAGUUUUUAAUGACAUAGUCAAUGGCAAUUGCUUUACUUUUAACAUGGCUAGUGAGGAAAAAACUCCUAUGAAGACAUCAUUCAUCGGACCAAACGGUGGACUUGAACUGGAGUUGAAUGUGGAACCUGAAGAAUACUUGUCAUCAACAAGAAGCAUCGGAGCGAAGGUAAUUAUUCACGAUCCUUACCAUGAUCCGAAUACUCAAGAUGAAGGUGUUUAUGUUAGCCCAGGUUUUGAAACUUCUGUCGCAUUGUCGAGGAUUACGAUGGAACGAUUGCCUCCUCCUUACAAGGAUCAUUGCUUCGAUUACAAAGCUGAAGAAAGUCAAAAGAAAUGCUCUCUUCGCUGCUUCCAGGAGGCCAUUUAUGCGCAUUGCUUCUGCAAUUUUCCUCAAGGCAUAAUUAUUGAAGGGGUUCGAAUGUGCGAUUUGACUGAUCCAGAAGAUUUCUGCUGCAUGAACCGUAAAGUGGAGGACGAGAAUUGCGAUUGUCCGCUCCCGUGCACUACUACCAGUUACGAAACCAAACUGUCCACAGCUUUAUGGCCUUCGAACGCUUUUUUUCAGGAUAAUUUUUACUUGCUGUCAGCAGAACUUGGCUUGGAUGCGUUUGAGACGUUUCGCGAAGCAAACCUGAGAGUGAAAGUGUAUUAUGACACCUUAGAACACUCCAUAUACAAGCAGAAGCCUAUGUUUGAGAAUUCGGAAGUUUUGAGUCAAAUAGGUGGACAGAUGAGUUUAUGGCUCGGAUUCUCCUUGGUUGCUCUAUUUGAAUGUGUAGAAAAUCUGAUUCUACUUUGCCAAUACCGCAGGGGUAAAGUAGAUAUAAACAAAGAAUCCGAGUCAAAAUAA